AUGCAGGAAAUCAAUCAGACUGUGAUCACAGAGUUUUUUCUCUUAGGAUUUCAGGUCAGUCGAGGGUUAAGACUUUUCCUGUUCUGCCUGUUCCUUGUGGUUUAUUGUCUGAUAAUAUGUGGGAAUCUCCUGAUCAUCACCCUGGUGUCCACCAGCAAGAACCUCCACACCCCAAUGUACUACUUCAUCUCACAUCUGUCCAUCAGUGACAUCUUGUUAUCCACAGAUAUUGUCCCCAAUAUGCUCCACAUCCUACUGAAUAAUGGGGGGACCAUGACUUUUAUUGGUUGUAUGGCUCAGUUUUAUUUCUUCUGCACCUCAGAAGUAUUUGAGUGUCUUCUCCUCGCUGUGAUGUCUUAUGACAGAUAUGUGGCCAUCUGUAAUCCUCUCCGUUACUCUUCUAUAAUGACAAGUGCCCAUUGUGAGAUGUUGACCACCAGCUGUGCGUUGCUUGGAUCUUCCAUUAUUUUAAUUUACAUUAUUACAAUAACAAAGCUAAGUUUUUGUGGAUCAAAUAUAAUUGGCCACUUAUUUUGUGACGUUGUUCCUUUACUAAAACUUGCCUGUUCUGACACCUUUAUUGUUCAAUUGGAAAUUUAUAUACAAAGCAUUCUACUUGUCUUCAUCCCAACCAUCAUCAUUGUAGUGUCUUAUACUUAUAUUGUCCUAGCAAUCCUAAGGAUCCCAUCCAAUACUGGUAGACAGAAAGCCUUCUCCACCUGUAGCUCCCACCUCAUUGUGGUCUCCAUAUUCUAUGGGACGUUGUUCGGUGUUUAUGUUGUUCCAGGAAAAGGACAAACUGUGACCAUGAGUAAAAUCCUCUCCCUGCUAUAUACUGUGUUUACUCCAUUGGUCAACCCCAUUAUAUACAGUCUGAGGAAUAAAAAUAUCACAAAAGCCAUAAAAGAAACACUUCGUAAGUGUGAGAUCUGGUAA